AUGGCUCUUUCUGCGCGUGCCUCUGAGCUGGCCAAACCCGACCCCAGGUACUUCUUCUGGCAGGUGCUUCAGAACAUCUGGCACCCGGAAGCCAACCCGGACGGCUACGUGAGCCUCGGCGUGGCGGAGAAUGUGCUCAUGCACCACGCCCUGUCCGAGCGCAUACACAGAGCCAUCUCCCUGGGCAGCGACGACCUCACCUACGGCGACGGCAAGAAGCGACUCCGGGCUGCCCUGGCCCGGUUUCUGACCCGGCACCUGCACCCCGCCGUCGCCGUCCAGCCGUCGCACCUCACCGUUUCCAACGGGUGCAGCUCCGCGCUGGAGCACAUGGCCUGGGCGCUUGGCGACCCCGGAGACGUGUUUCUCCUCGGCAAGCCGUACUAUGGCACCUUUGUGCCGGACCUGACCCUGAGGAUGGGCACCCAGCUCGCCAUGGUGGACUUUGGCGGCGUCGAUCCCCUGAGCCUCGACGGCGUGCGCAGGUACGACCUGGCUGUCCGGUCGGCCCACGCGCAGGGCAAGCGAGUGGCCGGCCUGAUACUGGCCCAUCCGCACAACCCGCUCGGACGAUGCUACCCGCGCCCCGUUCUGCUCGCCCUCAUGGCCCUGUGCGCCAGGUACAGGAUCAACCUCGUCAGCGACGAGAUCUACGCCUUGUCCACCUUUGCCAACACCGUCGACCGGGGCGCGGACGUGGCGGACUCGACGGCCCCGUUCGAGUCGGUCCUGUCCCUCCCCACCGACGGCGUCAUCGACCCGGCCCUUGUCCACGUCAUCUGGGGCAUCUCCAAGGACUUUGGGGCCAACGGGCUGCGGCUGGGGGCCAUCGUGUCGCAGCGCAACCCCGCCCUGCACCAGGCCCUCGUCCCCCCGUCGCUGUACAGCUCCUCCUCCUCCAUCACGGACCAGGUCAUGACGGCCAUUUUCCACGACGACGCCUGGGUCGACGGCUAUCUGGAGAAGAACCGGCAGCGCCUCGCGGAGAGCCACGCGCACGUUGUGCGCUGGGCCAGAGCCCACGGCAUCGAGUAUCUCCCGGGCGUCAACGCCGCCUUCUUCCUCUGGGUCAACCUCGGAGCAGCCUAUGGCGGCGGGGCGGGUGCGGCGGACGUCGAGGACGUCGACCAGGUGGUCACGGAUGCCUUGCUGGCGCAAAAGGUCUUCCUUGCGUCAGGGCUCCAUUUCGGGUCGGAGCAGGCGGGCUGGUUCAGGAUAGUGUUUACGCACGCAAGAGACCACCUGGAUGAAGGACUGAGGCGGAUCGUAGCGGCCCUGAAUCUGACGUCGGAACGCGGCGUCCAGGGGCGACGUUGA